GAAAUAUCUUUCGUUUUUGGGGGGUCGCAUAUCAUUUCAUCAUCUUAGGUUUUCGCGAAAUCCCGUGUUUCUCUUUCUUCUUCAUCUGAUCGGGGUGAUCUCGGCAAUCCAUUUUUCUCAGAAGUAUUGUGUGGGGAUUUUGAACUGAAUGGCUCGGUUGAUUCUUCCGUGUAAAGGUUCGGGUUUGGCAAGGACGGGUCUUUUGGGUUUGAUCUCCUCUGCUCCUCUCCAAGCCCCGUGUUGUGUUAGUUCCCUUAAACAUUCAGCAAAGAAUAUCUCUAGAUAUAGGCAAUCUCUUAACUUAGAGGUUUCACAUCGGAGAAAUUACCGGUUUCCUCAUCCAUCAUUAUAUAGGGCUAAGCAAGUCAGCAGGAGGUUUGUCUGCUCAGUUGCAACAGAAAGCUCACCAAAGCAAGUUGAAGAAUCCAAAAUGGAUAUGCCAAAAGAAAUCUUCCUGAAGGAUUACAAGCUUCCUGAUUACUACUUUGAUACGAUGGAUUUGAAUUUUUUGUUGGGUGAGGAGAAAACAACUGUCUAUUCAAAAAUAACUGUCUUACCCAGAGUUGAAGGUUCUCCUUUCCCACUGGUAUUGGAUGGGGUAGAUCUGAAGCUUGUUUCAGUAAAGGUCAACAGCAAGGAACUUAAGGAAGAAGAUUACGUCCUGAGCCCCCGCCAUCUGACACUUCCAUCACUUCCAAGUGGUGAAUUUACUCUGGAAAUUGUUACUGAGAUAUGUCCACAAAAGAACACAUCAUUAGAGGGCCUUUACAAGUCAUCUGGGAAUUUCUGUACACAAUGUGAAGCAGAGGGUUUCCGAAAAAUUACAUUCUAUCAGGAUCGCCCUGAUAUUAUGGCAAAAUACACAUGCCGCAUUGAAGGUGAUAAGUCAUUAUACCCGGUAUUGUUGUCUAAUGGAAAUCUCAUAGAGCAUGGAGACCUUGAGGGUGGCAAACACUAUGCCAUUUGGGAGGACCCCUUCAAGAAACCUUGUUACUUAUUUGCUUUAGUUGCUGGACAGUUGGAAAGCAGAGAUGACACUUUUGUUACCCGUUCAGGCCGAACUGUAUCCUUGAGGAUCUGGACCCCAGCACAAGAUGUACCCAGGACUGUCCAUGCCAUGUAUUCCCUUAAAGCAGCCAUGAAAUGGGAUGAGGAUGUUUUUGGUCUUGAGUAUGACCUGGAUCUGUUCAAUAUUGUGGCAGUUCCAGAUUUUAACAUGGGAGCCAUGGAAAACAAAAGUUUGAAUAUUUUCAAUUCCAAGCUUGUCUUGGCAUCUCCAGAAACUGCUACGGAUGCAGAUUAUGCAGCAAUUUUGGGAGUUAUUGGUCAUGAGUAUUUCCACAACUGGACUGGUAACAGAGUGACAUGUCGUGACUGGUUCCAGCUCAGCUUAAAGGAAGGUCUUACAGUUUUCCGUGAUCAGGAAUUUUCAUCUGACAUGGGAAGCCGCACAGUAAAGCGAAUUGCUGAUGUUUCAAGGCUUCGAAAUUAUCAAUUUCCACAGGAUGCUGGUCCGAUGGCACAUCCUGUACGGCCACAUUCUUACAUCAAGAUGGACAACUUCUACACAGUCACGGUUUAUGAAAAGGGUGCUGAAGUUGUCAGGAUGUACAAAACCUUGCUAGGAAGUCAAGGAUUCCGAAAAGGCAUGGAUCUUUAUUUUAAGAGGCAUGAUGGGCAAGCUGUAACCUGUGAAGAUUUCUUUGCUGCCAUGAGAGAUGCAAAUGAUGCAGAUUUUGCUAAUUUCUUGUUGUGGUACUCCCAAGCUGGUACGCCUCUCGUGAAGGUUACUUCUUCCUACAAUGCUGAAGCCCAUACUUACUCUUUGAAGUUUAGUCAAGAGGUUCCACCAACUCCAGGACAGCCAGUGAAAGAACCAAUGUUCAUUCCUGUUGCAGUAGGUUUCCUGGACUCAACUGGCAAGGAGAUGCCCCUCUCAUCUGUGUAUCAUGAUGGGACUUUGCAGUCUGUUGUGAGCAAUGAUCAGCCAACUUACACUACAGUUCUUCGAGUAACAAAGAAAGAAGAAGAAUUUUUGUUCUCUGAUAUAUCUGAGAAGCCAAUUGCAUCUCUUUUGCGGGGCUACAGUGCUCCUAUUCGUCUGGACACUGAUCUCACGGACAGCGAUUUGUUUUUCCUUCUUGCUCAUGAUUCAGAUGAGUUCAACCGUUGGGAGGCUGGGCAGGUGUUGGCAAGGAAGCUGAUGCUUGGUUUAGUGGCUGAUUUCCAACAAAAUAGACCAUUGGUUCUGAAUCCAAAGUUUGUGCAUGGGCUCAAAAGCAUACUUCUUGACUCAAGCUUGGAUAAAGAAUUCAUUGCAAAGGCAAUAACACUGCCGGGUGAAGGGGAGAUCAUGGACAUUAUGGAAGUUGCCGAUCCUGAUGCAGUGCAUGCUGUUCGAUCUUUCAUCAGGAAGCAGCUGGCGUCUGAACUGAGAGCAGAGCUCCUUAGCACAGUUGAAAAGAAUAGGAGCUCGGAGGAUUAUGUGUUUAACCAUCCUAAUAUGGCUAGACGUGCACUGAAGAAUGUUGCCCUUGGAUAUCUUGCAUUAUUGGAUGAUCCAGAACUCACCGAGCUUGCAUUGCACGAAUAUAGAACUGCUGCAAAUAUGACUGAACAGUUUGCAGCUCUGGCUGCCAUAGCCCAGAUCCCUGGUAAGACCCGUGAUGAUGUAUUGGCUGACUUCUACAGCAAGUGGCAGCAAGACUUUUUGGUUGUCAAUAAAUGGUUUGCCCUUCAAGCCAUGGCAGACAUUCCUCAGAAUGUUGAGAAUGUUCGUAACCUCUUAAACCAUCCAGCUUUUGACUUACGUAAUCCAAACAAGGUAUACUCGCUGAUUGGAGGAUUCUGUGGAUCUCCUGUGAAUUUCCACGCAAAGGACGGGUCAGGCUAUAAGUUCUUGGGAGAAAUGGUGGUGCAACUGGAUAAGAUCAACCCUCAGGUGGCCUCUCGCAUGGUGUCUGCCUUCUCAAGAUGGAAGCGUUAUGAUGAUACUCGGAAAAGCCUUGCGAAGGCACAGUUGGAGAUGAUAGUAGCCUGCAAUGGACUGUCUGAGAAUGUGUAUGAAAUUGCCUCCAAAAGCUUAGCUGCUUAAGAAUCUAUUAUUUUACCUCCACUCUUUUUUAAUAGGCUAUGAAUCGGUCAAACUGUGUUGUGGAAAGCUGGUUUCCCAUAUAGAAAAUAUAAAUAAAAUGACCAGGAUGUGUUGUGGUUGGUGGGAUCUUUAAUAAAAUAUGAUAUCCCCCUCACACUUCACAUACUGGUGGAAGUGCCUUGUGUUAUAGAAACUAUUUUCAUCAUGGAGAUCUUUUUGUGUUUUGGACUUCAA